CAACGUGCGCGUUACAUUACGAACCGGGAAGUAUCGACGCUGCACCGCUCGAGUCCCAGAAAAAGUGGGUUCAGUUCAGCCAAAUGAAAAAGUGAUAAUAGAUGUCGUGCCCGCAGCUAAAUUGAAAUUCAUCAAAGGUUCCUACAACGCGACGUGUAAUAAACAAAAACUUCGCAGCGAAUAAUUCAAAGCACCGAAACGAAUAAAAAAUUUAAAUAUAAAGAGGAAAGAAAGAAAUAAAGAAAAGGCCAAGUGCUCGAAAAUGUGCCGGGUGUAAGAGAGAAGAAAACACGGAGAGCAUAAUUAACUAAAGAAUCGGGGAAAAUAAAGAAAAUCUGGCUUGAAGUAGAGGGAGCACAGAAGCCGAAAAUAUGUGCGCAGACUUUCCUUUGGCCAGCCAGUGGAAUUGAUUUUCUUUUCGUUUCUCCCCAAGACCCCCGGCUCUACCGCCUAUCCCCCCUCCGCCAACCCAUUUUCCGGUGUCUCCACGCAGCAAAGCCGUGAAUCGCCAAAAUGAUCUACUACAUGCUACUCAUACUGCCCGUGGUCCUGGCCCAGGAUCAGCAGCACACCACGGAAUCGCUGUCCACCAGGCACCACCAGCAGCAGCAGUUGUCGCACUCGAAUGCGAUAAUGGGCGAGGCUGGGGUCUCCAACUCGCAGCUGAUGCAGCCCUCCACUCCGGCGCGAACCCUGCGACCUUUGACCGCGGGCGCCGGUGGCGACCUCUCGCUGUACGACGCCCCCGACGACUGCCACUUUAUGCCAGCCGCUGGUCUGGAUCAGCCGGAGAUAGCCUUAACGUGCAACCUGCGCACGGUGAACAGCGAGUUUGACACAACCAAUUUCAGUGUCAUCCCCGCCGAGCACACGAUUGCCCUGCACAUCCUGUGCAAUGACGAAAUCAUGGCCAAGAGUCGCCUGGAGGCGCAGUCCUUCGCCCAUCUGGUCAGGCUGCAGCAGCUGUCCAUCCAGUACUGCAAGCUGGGGCGACUGGGUCGCCACGUUCUGGAUGGUCUGGAGCAGCUGAGAAACCUGACGCUCCGGACGCACAACAUCCUGUGGCCAGCCCUGAACUUCGAGAUUGAGGCAGAUGCCUUCUCGGUCACCCGGAGGCUGGAGCGACUGGACCUGAGCUCGAACAACAUCUGGUCCCUGCCGGAUAACAUAUUCUGCACCCUGUCCGAGUUGUCUGCCCUGAACAUGAGCGAGAAUCGCCUGCAGGAUGUCAACGAGCUGGGCUUCAGGGAUCGCAGCAAGGAGCCAGCCAAUGGCUCCACCGAAUCCACCUCCACCACCGAGUCGGCCAAGAAGAGCAGUAGCUCCAGCACCAGCUGUUCGCUGGACCUGGAGUACCUCGAUGUGAGCCAUAAUGAUUUUGUGGUGCUGCCAGCGAAUGGAUUCGGCACUCUGAGGAGGCUGCGAGUGCUUUCGGUGAACAACAAUGGCAUCUCCAUGAUUGCGGACAAGGCUCUCAGUGGACUGAAAAACCUGCAGAUCCUGAAUCUGAGCUCCAACAAAAUUGUGGCCCUGCCCACGGAGCUCUUUGCCGAGCAAGCCAAGAUUAUCCAGGAGGUGUACCUGCAGAAUAACUCCAUUAGUGUGCUGAAUCCCCAGCUCUUCUCGAAUCUGGACCAGCUGCAGGCCCUGGACCUGUCCAUGAACCAGAUAACCUCCACCUGGAUCGAUAAGAACACCUUUGUGGGUCUGAUUCGUCUGGUUCUGCUCAACCUGUCGCACAACAAGCUGACCAAACUGGAGCCGGAGAUCUUCAGCGACUUGUACACCCUGCAGAUUCUGAAUCUGCGUCACAAUCAGCUGGAGAACAUCGCAGCCGACACCUUUGCACCGAUGAAUAAUCUGCACACGCUGCUGCUGUCGCACAACAAACUGAAGUAUCUGGAUGCAUAUGCUCUGAACGGAUUGUAUGUGCUGUCGCUGCUCUCGCUGGACAACAAUGCCCUGAUUGGCGUGCAUCCGGAUGCCUUCCGGAACUGCAGUGCCCUGCAGGACCUCAACUUGAAUGGCAAUCAGCUGAAGACCGUUCCGCUGGCCCUGCGGAAUAUGCGCCACUUGAGGACCGUGGAUCUGGGCGAGAACAUGAUUACCGUGAUGGAGGAUAGUGCUUUUAAGGGUCUGGGAAAUCUCUAUGGUCUCCGCUUGAUUGGCAACUACCUGGAGAAUAUUACGAUGCACACCUUCAGGGAUCUGCCCAACCUGCAAAUCCUGAAUCUGGCCAGGAAUCGCAUAGCAGUUGUGGAACCAGGGGCCUUUGAGAUGACCUCGAGUAUUCAAGCUGUACGUUUGGAUGGCAAUGAGCUGAAUGACAUAAAUGGAUUGUUCAGCAACAUGCCCUCCCUUCUGUGGCUCAAUAUAUCCGAUAAUCGUCUGGAGUCCUUUGACUAUGGACAUGUUCCAUCCACACUGCAAUGGCUGGACCUCCACAAGAAUCGGCUGAGUUCCUUGUCCAAUCGGUUUGGCUUGGAUAGUGAGCUGAAACUGCAAACUCUGGAUGUGAGCUUUAAUCAACUUCAGCGCAUUGGACCCAACUCCAUACCGAACUCCAUCGAGCUGCUGUUCCUGAAUGACAACCUGAUAACCACUGUGGAUCCAGAUACCUUUAUGCACAAAUCCAAUCUGACCAGGGUGGAUCUCUAUGCGAACCAAAUUACAACGCUGGACAUCAAGUCCCUAAGGAUUCUGCCAGUUUGGGAGCAUCGAGCUCUGCCCGAGUUCUAUAUUGGGGGAAAUCCCUUCACCUGCGACUGCAACAUUGAUUGGCUGCAGAAAAUCAACCAUAUAACUUCGAGGCAAUAUCCCAGGAUUAUGGAUCUGGAGACCAUAUACUGCAAGUUGCUGAACAACAGGGAGAGGGCCUACAUCCCCCUAAUCGAAGCCGAGCCCAAGCACUUCUUGUGCACCUACAAGACCCAUUGCUUCGCCGUUUGCCAUUGCUGUGAGUUCGAUGCCUGCGAUUGCGAGAUGACCUGCCCCACGAAUUGCACGUGCUUCCACGACCAGACCUGGUCCACAAAUAUUGUGGAGUGCUCGGGAGCAGCUUAUUCUGAGAUGCCGAGACGUGUGCCCAUGGACACCACCGAGUUGUAUAUCGAUGGCAAUAACUUUGUGGAAUUGGCGGGACAUUCCUUCCUGGGUCGCAAGAACUUGGCUGUUCUGUAUGCGAACAACUCGAAUGUGGCCCACAUAUACAACACCACUUUCAGUGGCCUUAAGCGCCUGUUGAUCCUGCACCUGGAGGAUAAUCACAUAAUCAGUCUGGAGGGCAACGAGUUCCACAACCUCGAGAACCUGAGGGAGCUGUAUCUGCAGUCCAACAAAAUAGCCAGCAUCGCCAAUGGCAGUUUCCAGAUGCUGAGGAAACUGGAGGUCCUGCGACUGGAUGGCAAUCGAUUGAUGCACUUCGAGGUGUGGCAACUAAGUGCCAAUCCCUACCUGGUGGAGAUCAGCUUGGCCGACAACCAGUGGAGCUGCGAGUGUGGUUACCUGGCCAGGUUCAGAAACUACCUGGGUCAGAGCUCGGAGAAGAUCAUAGAUGCCUCCAGGGUGAGCUGCAUCUACAACAAUGCCACCAGUGUGCUGAGGGAGAAGAACGGCACCAAGUGCACUUUGCGAGAUGGCGUGGCCCACUACAUGCACACCAACGAGAUCGAGGGACUGCUGCCCCUGCUCCUGGUGGCCACCUGUGCCUUUGUGGCCUUUUUCGGUCUGAUUUUCGGCCUCUUCUGCUACCGACAUGAGCUUAAAAUGUGGGCCCACUCCACCAACUGCCUGAUGAACUUCUGCUACAAGUCACCGCGUUUCGUCGACCAGCUGGACAAGGAGCGGCCCAAUGAUGCCUACUUCGCCUACAGCCUGCAGGACGAGCACUUCGUCAACCAGAUCCUGGCCCAGACGCUGGAGAACGACAUCGGCUAUCGACUGUGCCUGCACUACCGCGAUGUGAACAUCAAUGCCUACAUCACGGAUGCCCUCAUCGAAGCAGCCGAAAGUGCCAAACAGUUUGUGCUGGUGCUGUCCAAGAACUUCCUGUACAACGAGUGGAGUCGCUUCGAGUACAAGAGCGCCCUGCACGAGCUGGUGAAGCGCAGGAAGCGGGUGGUGUUCAUCCUGUACGGAGAUCUGCCCCAGCGCGACAUUGAUAUGGACAUGCGGCACUAUCUGCGGACGAGCACCUGCAUCGAGUGGGACGACAAGAAGUUCUGGCAGAAGCUGCGCCUGGCCUUGCCCCUGCCAAAUGGUCGGGGCAACAACAACAAGCGAGUGGUUUCCGGCUGCCUGUCGGCCCGCACUCCCUCCGUGAACAUGUACGCCACAAGUCAUGAGUAUCAGGCCGGCAAUGGCGGGGUGAUACCGCCACCCAGUGCCCGCUACGCGGACUGCGGCAGCAACAACUACGCGACCAUCAACGAGUGUGGUGCAGCUGGAGGAGGUCGUGGCUACAAACCAAUACCCACUUCAGCCUCGGCGGCGGCGGCAGCUUGCAAGUUCAACACCAUGAACCAGCUGUCCAAGAAGCAGCAGCGGGACCUCAGUGUGGCCGGGAUGGCCAAGACCCUGGAGCAUCAGCACCACCACAACCACCAGGCGAAUCGCAGGAGCCAGCACGAGUACGCGGUGCCCAGUUAUCUGCCCAGUGCUGCUCCGGCCUACGACAGCGUGGAUUACGCCAAGCAGCAGAUCCGGAACAAUGCCAACUGCGAGUGCGUCAACCUGGGCACGGGCAAGAGGGCUCCCGGGAAGAAUCCCGCCUCGGCAUUGCCCUCCAGCUUCAGCUCGAACUUCGUGCCACCCGGAGGCGCCUCGUACAACUGCAAGAAGUCCUGCAGCUGCAUUGGCGACGACGAUCUGCUCUGCAGCUGCGGCGGAGGUGGCGGCAUUGGGGUCAAUCUCCUCGAGAGUGGCACCCAGAGCAGCGUGACCAUGAGCAGCAGCAGCAACAACAGCCGGCAGCCGGAGCUCACCCACUACGAGUCCAACUUGAGCCUGAACGACGACGAGGACGAGGAUCAGGAUCAGCAGAAGAACCUGUGGGCGUAACGGGGUUAAAUGGUUAAAUGUAGGGGUUAAGCAGAGAGAGUUAGAAAAACAAAAACAGCAGGAGACAAACUGCGCAACCAGUGAAUUUAUAAAGAUUUAAUGAAAACUCUAAACUAAACAUAAACUAUAAAGUUAAAAAUUGUGAAGUGUGGCAAGUGCAGUUCGCAUACUUUUUGGGAUGGUUCUCACAGACUGAUACUUUUAGUUCUUUAAAUAAAUUAAAAUUGAUUACCCUGUAAAUAUAGCCAGAGGAGAACAUGAAAUACUAUACCUUAAAAUGAGAUUUCAAUAAUCCAACAACCAUUGUAAAAAAGACACAAAACGGUUUUUAUGUAAGGGCCUGUACAUAUUUAUACAUAUAAUAGAAAUCUUUAAUUUAUUUAAUAUUACAUAGCUAUCACAAAUAUAAGAAACACAAUGUUGAACAAAAAUAAAUGUAUGAGAAACAAACCGAUGAACGAAUCCCAAUCAUUUACCACUUUCCCCAGCCUCUAUACCCGCCACCCCUUCGACAUCAUCAGAUAGCCAGGAAAAUUAAUUAGCAUGUAAGGAAAUUGUACGAUAAACAUCAAACAAUGCCAUGGUAAACAUGCAAAAGGAACAGACACUGGGCACUUUUUUUCCACCCACAGAACGCGUUAAAAAUGCUGCAAACAAUAAAAAGUCAUAAUAAUAACUGCGAUGAAAACUCACAUACACAUCGAAGGUAUAUACGCGUAAAAAUAAUAUUAAUAGCUGACAACAACUGAAAAUAAAAUAAUAGUAAAUCAUACCCCCUCUCUCACGCCCACUUGCAUAUUUAUAUAUAUAUAUUUAUAUAUAUGUAUAUAUAUAUAAUGCGAUAAUGAUGAGCCGACCGAGCGAUGAAGCUGCCGUUGAUAACAAUUAAGCUGCAUUACGAAACACCGAUCGGAAAAUAUGAAUAAAACGCAAUGCAGUUUUGGGCUUAAUGGCUUCGUAUUUUUUCAUUUAAAUAACACCAUUACACCAUUCACCAGUAACAUUCGGCAUAAAAAGCGUGUUUGGCUAGGAGAUUUAUAGGAAUGUCUGGAAAGCAAUUACAUUUUACAACGACUUUUCCAUUAUUUCCCCUUCAAACUAAACCUUUUUUUUACACAUUUUCCUUUGAUUAAUAUCAGCAUUCACGUUUUUUCUAAAAUAAUUUGUUUUCGCACAUCGAAUAGACAGA